AUGUUCAAUAGUGUACUGUUUUUGUUUCAGGAAGAUGUUGAUCGAUCUAUGAAAAGGUUGUUGAAAAUUGCUGAAUUCCGGGAUCCUACACCGAACGACGUGAGCACGAGCACUGCACUAGCGAACAUCACUAAGGAGCAUCUCGAGAACUUCUUUGUCAUCUUUCGCAAUCUAGCAGAACGACCUCUUCGAGAUGCUACAAUGAGUGAUGAAGCCGAUAUUCUGAAUGACCCAUCCGCCCCUUCUGACAACCGUGCUAUGGAAGAAGCAUUUCUGCCGUCGUCUGACUCGGAGUGCUCUUCGGAUCCGGAAAACCAGGAAGUUGAUGAAGUUCUUCCUUCACCGCUGGGCUCAGACGUUUCCAGUGAUAUUCUUGACGAAAUCUCGUCUGAAACAGAGGAAGAACAGUUUGAGGUCGAACGUAUUAUCUCACGAACGGUCAAUGCUGAAGGGAAAUACGUUUAUCACAUCAAGUGGGUUGGAUACGAAACGUCGUCUGAUCCUGAGAAUUUCGUUGAUGAGGAUGACAUGCAUUGCCCUGAAUUGAUCGAAAAGUUUGAACGCAUGGAGCGGCUUAAGAAGAAACAACGUGCGAAAAAAUUAGAAGAACAGGCAAUGCUUGCGAGAAAACGAAAGAUAGCAGCUGAGCAAAGAGCAAGAGAAGCGUUCGCGGCGACGUCAAGAAGGAGUAGCACCGACGAGGAAGCUCGUAAAAAAUCCUGCAAGGAAAUAAAUCUGUGUUCUAGUACAAGCGCUUCUGAAGAGGAAGACAAUGAGAACCGCAGCAAACUUCCAUGCGUGAAGCGUCGAGCUGGCUCUUCGUCAGACCAUAAUAGGCCUUCCUCUCGAACUACUGAUCGAUCAUCAAAGAAGAAAAAAAUUAAACACAAAGCAAGUGUGAAGUUACAAAAGCGAAUUGAGUCGUUGUCGUCGUCAAGCGAAGACGAAGAAGAACUAAAGCCUGCAAAAAGGCGAUCGGCUACGGGUUCACCUGAUAAUAUCGCUGAUGAGAAUUGCAGUGAUACGAAUGAAUGUGAGGGCAACACUGACCCCGAUGCUGGUUUCAAAUACGUCAUGCGAGAAACAGAUGGUUUUCAAAGAGGAUACAAGGAGCUUCGGCAGUACUUCCUGGCAGCUAAGACCCAAGGCAAUGCAGAUUCGAAAAACCUUGCACUUUCGUUACUGCUCCAGAGUUCGAGCAAGCCAGCUUAA